AAAACAACUCGAGAUAGGUGUAGAACGCGAUAUUCAACGACAAGAACGGAAUAAAUUAAAAUCGCUGUUGAAACAACAAACACAAUUGGCGGAUCAGUUACCAUCAAAAAACGAACAAAAUCUUCAAACCUUAUAACAUUAAUUUCACUGUUGACUUUAGGUUAGGUUAGAUUAUACAAUAUCAAUGAACAUAAUGACUACAGAAGAACCAACAGAACCAGAUUUGAUUUGCGUAGAGGAAAGUCUUAUGAGUUUAGAAAAAUUAGAUAGAGCAUCACCGGAUUUAUGGCCUGAACAAAUUCCAGGUGUAAACGAAUUUGUAGCUCAAAAUUCACCUCAAACAGAACCAUCUGCUUGGGCUGCUGGUCUCACUCCAGAUGAUAUAAAUCAGUUACAUCAAUUAGGAAAUUUGUCAAUGGGUGGUUUAAUAUCCGAAGUAAAAAAAUUACAUGAUAUGGCAUAUCAAUUAGGAUUGGAAGAGGCAAAAGAGAUGACUCGUGGAAAAUAUUUAAACAUUUUCAAGCAUAAAUAGCAAAAAUUAGAUUAAAGAUGAUUAUAUAAUCCAUGUUACGUAUUUCUGUACAUUGACAAAGACUGAUGGAAAGCUGGUGGUUACAUUGCAGUUGGAACUAUAUGAUAAAAUACCUAACUGAAAUUUAUGUAAAUAUAUAAUUGUAAUUUUAUAUAUAAAUAUAUGAUUUAAUUAUAUAUAUAAAA